AUGGCCACAUGGCUCGUCAAAGGUUCAGCUAAGUUGCGCUACACCUGUCGAAUCAUCUACAACCUACGCUAUAACACCACGGGCUCGGCGCUUGAGCAAAACAAGCUGCUAAUCUUCUGCAACUUUCCUAAUAACUGCUGGAUCUACGCUAUACUUUGGAACAUCCUCAGUAUUGAAUACACCGAGAUCUACGCCUCCAUAACUGGUGCGGAAAAGGAAGCCAUUAUCCAGCGCUUCAAUAACUGUGAGGACAAGGCUCGGGUGCUGAUCUCGACCUUCAAAGUUUUGGGUGUCAGCGUCAACAUGCAGAAUACUUGUCAUAACGUUAUCAUGAACGGGCUCCUGGAGAAUAUGGCCAGUUUGAAUCAAGGCAAGGGUCGC